UUCAUUUCGUUAUCCACUGCGUUGUGUUACUUCUCACUCGAACUCGUCUGUGUGUUCUCUCUCGAUUAGCCUCCGCUUCUCUCCACCGCUCUGGUCGCGGCGAUGAAUGUUGAAAAGCUACAGAAGAUGGCCGGUUCGGUCCGAACUGGUGGUAAGGGUACCGUGAGAAGAAAGAAGAAAGCCGUACACAAGACAACCACCACAGAUGACAAAAGGCUUCAGAGCACCUUGAAGAGAAUAGGAGUGAACGCCAUUCCUGCAAUUGAGGAAGUCAAUAUUUUCAAGGAGGAUGUUGUUAUCCAGUUCGUUAACCCCAAAGUUCAAGCAUCUAUUGCUGCCAACACUUGGGUUGUUAGUGGUACUCCUCAGAACAAGAAAUUGCAAGACAUUCUCCCUCAAAUAAUUCACCAAUUGGGCCCAGAUAACUUGGAGAAUUUGAAGAAAUUGGCAGAGCAGUUCCAGAAGCAGGCACCUGCCGCUGGCGGUGUCGCAGCUCCCGGUGACGAAGAUGAUGAUGAUGUGCCGGAACUUGUAGCUGGAGAGACGUUUGAAGCUGCGGCAGAGGAGGGCCACACCCACACCCACACCGCCACCGACACACACACCCACUAAGGAUGAAUUAUUUUUCAAUUUUGUGCCGUUGCCUAUAUUUUCGAUGUUUUUGGAAUAUCUGUUAUGUUGCUUUUUAUUUUUUCCCCAUGUGAUCCAUAACAGAAAGCUGGUACUAUGUUUCAUUUAGUAAAACUUUCAAUGCUUUCACCCUGCUU